GGAUCAUGUGAAUGAGAACUGUUCAGGUUACUCAGACAUACACAGUGAAGCAGAAGGCUGUCCGUAAAACAUACGAAAAUCCAAAAUGGACCACCUCAUUGAGUAUUGGCUACUGGCAGCUCACUGCUCAGUUCCUCCCUAGAAAUGUUCUCAGCUGAAGAUUUCUGUGUAAGAAAAAUGCUUAAAACAGUUUGGCAGAAAAUUUAAAGGGACAAAAAUAAUCCUGGAGGGAGCUUCAAAAUGGAUUGCAGAAAGGUAGACUGGAUGCCAGGAGACCAGUUAAGACUACUACUGGAGGAGAAGGAGCAGCUGGUUCUGGUGGAAUUGUCAGGAAUUAUCGAUUCAGACUUUCUCUCAAAAUGUGAAAAUAAAUGCAAGAUUUUGGGAAUUGACACUGAGAGGCCCAUUCUGCAAGUGGACAGCUAUGUAUUUGCUGGAGAGUAUGAAGACACUCUUGGGACCUGUGUUAUAUUUGAAGAAAAUGUUGAACAUGUGGAUGCAGAAGGCAACAAUAAAACAGUGCUAAAAUAUAAAUGCCAUACGAUGAAGAAGCUCAGCAUGACAAGAACUCUUCUGACAGAAAAGAAGGAAGGAGAAGAAAGCAUAGGUGGUGUGGAAUGGCUGCAAAUCGAGGAUAAUGAUUUCUCCAAUAGACCCAACAUGAUUUGUAACUUUCUACAUGAAAAUGAAGAUGAAGAAGUUGUAGCUCCAGCCCCAGAUAAACCGUUGGAGUUGGAAGAGCAAAACAUUCAAAUGAAAUUUAAUUCAAACCUGAGCUAUGAACAGGAAAAACCACCACACUUGGAAAUAGAGGAUUCUGGUCCUCUUAUUCUUACUCCUUCUGAAACAGAAAGUUCUGUGUUUAUGGAAACUCAAGAUGCUGCCUUAGAAAUCACUCCUAGAUAAAAUGUUUUUAAGAAUAAAUAGAAUUUUUUAAAUUUUUAUAUAAAAUAAUUGACUGCUUAGCUU